AUGGCGGCAAUUGAAGAAGAAGAUGAUGAUGAAGAUGAAGGUGAAGUUGUUGAUGAUGAAGAUGAUGAAGAUGAUGAUGACGUUGUUGAUGAUGAAGAUGAUGAUGAAGAUGUCGAUGAAGGUGAUGAUGAAGAUGAUGAAGAUGAUGAUGAAGAUGUCAAUGAAGGUGAUGAUGAAGAUGAUGAUGAAGAUGAUGAUGAAGAUGAUGAUGAAGAUGAUGAUGAAGAUGACGAUGAAGAUGAUGAUGAUGAAGAUGAAGGUGAAGUUGUUGAUGAUGAAGAUGAUGAAAAUGAUGAUGAAGUUGUUGAUGAUGAAGAUGAUGAUGAUGAUGUCGAUGAAGAGCUGAACAAAAUUAGCCCCGAUGCAUUUGAUGGUGAUGUUGAGGAAGAUGAGAAUGAUGACGCUGCUGAUGGUGAUGAUGAUGAUGUCAAGGAUGAUGAUGAUGAAGAUGAGUAA